GAUGUCAUGAAGACGAGAUCUCGAGCAGACGGAAUUCUAUUCGCCAGAAGGCUGAGCAAAACCAAAGGCAUGCAAGAUCUCGGAAAGAAGAUCCUUUCAAAAGCAGGCGAAGAAUUUGAAGAAACAUCACAACCAGUAGAAGAUACUCGUGAAAUACAAUCCUGCAUUACUAUACACACACUUCUUGUUUUGCUGCUCAUGCUCAAUUUUUUGUACAUUGCUGGAGCGUUUCUUUUCAUCAUGCAAUUGAGACCAUACACAGGUAGCACUCAAGAAGACAGAGGCAUACUAAUAUAUCUGGAGAAACAAGAUCACUCACAAACAGUAAUCGUCGUUGUGGCAUGUGGUGACCAACUAACAGUUUCUAUGUUUGGCAAGAAGAGACCAAAACACAGCAAACUGAGUUCAACAGAAUGAAAGCAUCAGAAUACAAAAAUACAAAGAACUUUGAAUAGGUGAAACAACUAGUUGAAGGUUAGACGUCAUUGUGCAAACAAGGAAUGACACAACAGUAUAGUUACCAGUUUACGACUAAGUAUGUUGCUAGCAUAGAUGGCAGUGCUGUAGUUGCUCGAUACCAUGUGUGUGCAAAUAACAUUACACUCAAUUGUUACGUAUAUGAUAGUGAAGGCGUCAUGCCAUUAUGUUUCAUACAUAUGAUGAAUCAUGAUCAA